UUGGCAGCACUGUUGGGUAUCCUGGAUUAAAAAUGGCCGGAGUCGGAGGAUUUUUGUACAAUGCCCUCUUCAAGAGAACAUCAACUUUUGCAUUAACCAUCAUCGCCGGCUCGUUUUUCUUCGAGCGGUCAUUUGAAUUGUUGUCUGAUUCAAUUUAUGACAACAUUAACCAAGGGAAACUUUGGAAGCACAUCAAGGACAAGUACGAGCAAUAAAAUCAGCCCAGAUCCUCAGGUUUCCAUCAGCAUGUAGCCAUGAUUAGUUCUUCUCGAAGACCUGCAGAUGAUUUGAAAAUAAAGGAAGAAUCCCCGCAACACAGAGUUGUAAGAUGUAUUUAAAUGUUAAAUAAAUGAUUUUGUUUCAAUAAGCUCAA